AUGCCAACUGAAUCCUCCCGAACCUCACGGAAAGGACAUGCCAGAAAGCCUACUCAGAAGGCAACUAUGGUCAAAAAUGCCCGCGAAAACCAGAGUAAUCCCACAUCUACUGUCGAUAAAAAGAUUCUAGAUAGGAUUCAAAAGUGUCUGAACCGCGCCUAUCACGUCAACACAACGGAGACAGAAGCCAAAGCCGCUCUCUUUCUAUCCCAGAAGCUCAUGAGUCAACACAACGUGAGCCAAGCAGAUCUCAUGGCUAUUGAUGAUAAUGGCAGUAAGGCACAUUUUGGCGGACGGAGCAUCGUGUCUAUUACAAAAAUCGCAGGCUCAUCCAAAAGGGUCAUGAAAGAGGCUUUUGUUGGGAAAGUUGCAAGAGCAAUGUGCACCUUUUUUGACUGCAAGCACUUUUCAACCGAUUACUACACGGAUAUGCACUGGACCUUUUUCGGAAUUGCUAGCAAUACUGCAGCAGCAGCGAUGUCAUUUGAGAUGGCCCACAAUAACAUCUUGGAAUGGGCUUGUGCCUACAAAGGGGGCACUCCCACAUUCAGUUACCGCCUUGGUGUAGCAGAUGGGCUGGUCGCCAUGGCCAAUAAAGAAAAGAGCAGAGAGCUUCAUCAUGUGUGGCGUAAAGAGCUGGAUUCGAUCGCAGCUAAAGAGCGGGAGGAGGCAAAGGAACGUCAACUACAACUUAACAGGCUACGUCUUCUACCGGCUCCCUCGACUGACACCAACGUCUCAUCCUCGGAUAGUACUCGGAUUUCAGUGAAUCCAGAUUCAAACAUGACCGGCUUCGAUUCCGACUCCGAUAACGAAUUUGGGGAAGGAGGCGGCUUUGGUAUCAAAGCUGACUUCAACACGGAUGAUGCGCUGAUCAUAGACUUGUGCGACGACGUGGAAGAAGGCAUCCAAAGUCUUCUAAAACGGGAGCCUGUCGAGCCGUCUGAUCCAUUUGAUAUUCCCAAAUUCACAACGGAGACAAAAACCAGUAUCAAAACAGAGCCUGGGUUCAAGUCGGAGCCAGUAUCAUCUCCGUGGAAAUCCGGGAUGCAGCUUGUUCAGUUCCGGGAAACAGCGGAGCAGGUUGCGGAUGAUUAUUUGAAGGAAAACAACAUCAAGCUACGCAAUAGUAGAAGUCGCACAUCAACCAUUCGAGAUCCCAAUGCGUAUCGCCGGGGCCAGGAAGACAGUUCGAAGCUCGAGAUCCGUCGGCCGGGGCUGGAUUAA